CCUCCAAUCAAACAUCUCAAUGCAGCGGCCCGUGUGUGUGAUGCCGCUGAUGACACAGGCCGCUUGUUUGUUCAUGACAGGGGUCUGUUGUCCGAUAGCAACGCACAAAUAAACAGGCCUGUUAACCAUACGGUGAAAUACAAGUCGUAUACUAAUUCGGGGCAAAAUGCCUUGCACACACCCGGGCCUUUAACCGAAGAAUCGAAUCCCCGUGUUUACGUGCAGACGUCACAGUGCGCGCUCGAAAGCAACCUGACGGUCCCCUCUCCUCUCAAAACGCCGAUACUGAGAAGAAUAAAGACUGAAGGCAUGAAUCUGACCGGAGCUGGGAUCAUUCUGUGGGACUACGAGCGAAAUGUACAGGGGAGAUAAGGAAUGCAAGUGACUGACCCAGGUGGGUUCCCUGAAUGGUCAUCAUGAAAGCAGGCAGUUCAAGGUGCGCCUUCUCCCUGGGUUUCCUGGUGGGCAGCUGUAGUUUGUACGUCUUCCUGAGGCAGGUUUGGUUUGAGGAGAGCUUCAGCUGGCAGAGCAAUGGCAGGAGCAGCCCGUCUCCACCAAUAAGCCAAGAGCAAAACUCCUCCAACCUUACCUGGAGAGUUGAAGGAUCUGCCCUGAUCAACCUCAAGCAUCCUAACCAGCCAGGAGAGGACGGUCACAUAGCCGAUGAGCUGUUCAGGAAAGUGCGAAUCCUAUGCUGGGUGAUGACCGGACCCAGUAACCUCCAGUCAAAAGCUCAGCAUGUGAAGAACACAUGGAGUCGCCACUGUAACGUAGUACUAUUUAUGAGCUCAGAAGAAGACCGCAGUUUUCCCACAGUUGGCCUUGGCACUGGUGAAGGCCGAGACCAACUGUACUGGAAGACCAUCCGUGCCUUCCACUACGCCCUAAAGAACCACGGCCAUGAGGCAGACUGGUUCCUCAAAGCAGACGAUGAUACUUUCGUCGUUGUGGACAAUUUGCGAUGGAUCCUGUCGAACCACACACCGGAGCAGCCUAUAUAUUUUGGCAAGCGGUUUAAGCCGUACACCAAGCAGGGCUACAUGAGCGGUGGCGCAGGGUAUGUGCUCAGUAAAGAAGCUCUAAGAAGGUUUGUGGAGGGGUUUAGCACUAAAGUGUGCACUCAUACUACACCGGUGGAGGAUCUGGCGAUGGGGCAGUGUCUGGAGAAAAUGGGGGUCCUGGCUGGAGACUCGAGGGACUCGCUGCACAGAGAAACCUUUCAUCCUUUUAUUCCCGAGCAUCAUCUUACUGGAAAGUUCUCCAAGACCUUCUGGUACUGGAAUUAUUGCUAUUACCCAAUUGUAGAAGGCCCUCAGUGCUGCUCUGAUCUGGCAGUGUCUUUCCACUACGUAGAUCCUGUGCUCAUGUACACCCUUGAAUACUACACUUACCAUCUGAGGCCGUUUGGCUACCAGCACCGCUACCAGCCUCCAGUGCCUGCUGUCCUGUCCUCACCGUCCCAAACUGUGAAAAGCACGACAGAAACUCAGAGAUCAGAGGAGGGCACUAAAGAAAAACUAGCUUUAACAAACUCAGUGAAUCCCAGAGCUGAAGAAGUAAAGACGACUGAAACAAGUAACAAAAUCACAAAUGCUGCCCAGGAGAGAAACACAACCCACAGAAGUGCAGGGUGAUUGUGUUUCUUUUUUGAAUGGAGUGUUCUGUAAAUCUGAAAUGAAGGGACUGACUAAUGUGAAUGGUAAAGUUGUGUAGCAUUUUCUGUGUACUAUAAGCAUGUGUUGUAUUGGGUACAGAUUUCAGCUGAUUACCAAAAGGUAAAGUGUCCUCCAUUAACAUUGGAAACCUUGGUUAACAUGAAAAAUUGCCUUUAUUGAUUAACCAUUUGAUCUUUUCAUUUAACCUUGUGAUCUUUUUCAUCUUUUCAACAUUAAAAACACGUUAAAAAUCACAACACAAAUUCAAAAAUCUGUUAAGUAUAUGUGUAUCACAGUUAUUUCCAGCUAUUAUUGAAGUAUAUUCCUGUUGAUAAGUUUUUUAAUGCACCUUCACUGUAAAAAGCAGUUUGUUUCUUAAAAAGGAAUGUAAAUCUCAUGCCUUAAAAGCUUUAAAGGGCAGUUUAGGAUUAAAAUCAUCUUUUGUGAGUUGUUUGGACA